AUGUCAACCACAAAUUAUUCUUGGGCGUUCCAUGACACGUCUACGGAAUGCGCCAUUUGUUUGGAGCCCCUGGACGACAGUGACUAUGAUACUACAACUGAAACGACAACCAUUAAAACAAAUAAUAGCAAGAUGAGUGCUACCAUUCGACUGGUCUGCGGUCAUCGUUGGCGUUUGCAAUGCUUGAGAGAACAGUUGGAAUUGGCUCGACCCACCUUUGCCAAACGGCUCUUGUUGCGUCACAAAGUCCAUGGGUUGUUGGUGGAGCAACUGAACAAUGAUGCGGCAUCCUUAAGUUAUAGCGACAACGAUAACAGCAACAAGGCGAAACUUUCCAACGGAAACAAUGAAACAAAUCAAUCGCUAUUGCUCGCUUGGAAAAAAGUACAGACCAGCAAAGAUCCCAAGACCAAAGAACAAGUCUUGCGAGAGGCCCUAAAAAAGUACGCAUUUUACUUGUGCUCUCACUGCAAAGAGCCAUACUUUGGAGGGACUGUGGAAUGUUCGGAUGAAAUGGUGGAAGAGGAAUCCUCGUCCGAUACGGAACCACGGUUGUGCAUGGCCUGUACUCCUCAAAUAGUUUGCCACAGCCCUUUGGAACAUUUGGGAUCCAUUGUGUGGAAAUGCCGGUACUGCUGUCAACCCGCGACUCAUGUAUGCUAUGGCAAUGUUCACUUUUGCAAUCAUUGUCACGAUCGCAAUACGCAACGAGUUCAGCAGAUCCAAGUAUGGAAACAAGAGGAACGAUUGUCAAGGCGGAGGAUGGGCAACAGCAAAGGAGCAAAGAUGGAACCGCCACCACCAUUGGAACCGAUUCCUUGUCCCGGCAAAGACUGUACUUUUCCCAAACCAUCAUUGUCCUCUUCCAGCACCGGCAAUGAUGGCAACAACAAUCCGGCAGUGGGAAUAUCCAACGUAUCCACUUCAUCCUCCAUGGCCGAGUUUCAUUCCAAUGGCUCGUCUGCAGAUUGCGAACAAGUCUACACCUGCCUCAUUUGUCAGUCGUCUGACCAGGAACAACCAACACGAGACGCCCCUGGAUCCGACAACUUGCUCACAAAUACAAGUGGACAAUUGGGAUUGCGAGGAUGGAAACAACUCAAUCCACGCUGCUCUUGGCAAGUGGAACCCUCUGACUGGCCUCUGAAUGCAGAAACCACUACCAAUUUUGUCAGUUCCUUUGCUCCGUGUCUCAUGAGUCAGCUGGUAGAUUUGAGACGACUGGCGGCAGCUCUACUACUAUCCGACCAUGAAACGGAACCACCCUUAUUUCGGACCCAUGAUUUUGCCGUGGAAGUAUCGGCCCGUUACCAAGCACGGACGGAUUGCCCGUCACUCUUUCGGCUCGAAGCGAUUGCCAUGGACCAAAACCAGCAACCGUUGCAACGGUUGCGAACGGAAGCGUUGGAUGCACCACCAGAUCAUUGGGACAGGGCGGAAUCGGUCUUGGAAUAUUUUUGCUUGGAAGAAGUGCAAUAUGUGGCCAUUGUCAUUCUUGGAAAAGACAAGCGAUUUUGA